GUCAUGGCUCUAUCCUCUCCCCAUUAGCCUCAACAAGGACAAACAUUUCCGCUCUCUGUGCAGAGCUGGGGUGGGGUUUGGAUGACUUCCUCAGCUCAGGGCUGUGUGCAGGGGGAGGGGAGACCCAUUAGCCCUGCUGGUGGGAGCCGACCUGAUGCAACAGUGGUGACUAGACUUGGCAGUGAACCAGAGUCCAGCCUCCUGACCCCUGCUGACCCAAGUGCUCUGGAGCUUGUCUCCAGCUGGCCACACCUCUGCUGUGCCCUAGUGCCUAGAGUGCCAACCCCCUAACUGUGGUUGCAUUUUAGGGAUGCCAGAGGCCAUGACGCUUCUGUCAGAGCUGACACCUCCUCACCUGACCUCCUUCUGGGAGGGACAGGACUGCCCCCUCCCAGACAAGCCAGUCUGGGCCCUGAAAGCUCCAUGAGGGUGAGGAAUUUCCCUAUUGAGGGGGGUUUCCCAGGCCUGGCUAACCUGAUCCUGACCCUGUGUGCAUGUGAGGGAAGGAGUAGGAGGGUCAGGGAGUUUGAACUCUGAAUCCAAGACAGGCAGGGGCCUGGGUGUUAAGACCCUCUACUAAGCUUCCUGCCCCUCUGAGGGCUGAAGUUUUCCCUGGGCCUGUGGAAGAUGGGUGGGGCCUCUCAAGCUGAGCUCCAGUUUCCGUGGAAACCCACAGGCUUCCCACCCACUGCUGCCUGGGCAGGCUCCCAGCUGGGGCCUCAUGCUCUGCCAGCCUCUCCUCCCCAGUCCAGUCUGCUCCACCCUCAGCCCAUCUUGGCCCCUUCCCUGAAUCUCCAUCCCCAAGCCCAGCCUCUGGCCUCUUCCAUUAGGUUCUAAUGCCUUCUUAAGGAACCUGGGCCUCUCCUGCCCCAUCCCUAAACUUCAGCUUCUCAGCAAACAGGCUUCCCAAGCUCCUGCCCCUCCCUCUCAGGCCUUUCUAGCCUCCUUACCAGCUCCCAGGCCUAGCCAGGCCUCCUGCUCCUGCCCACCUAUCACCUCCCACAGACCAACAGACAACAGGUCUCCUAGGCUAUUCUGUCCUCUUGCUCCCCUGCCCCACCCCACCCAUGGAGACCCCAGGACUGGUUGUGCACGGGGAGGCUGCACCCUUUUCCACAGCACUCCGAAGCCUUCUCAACAAUCCCCAAUACAGUGAUGUUUGCUUUCUGGUCGGUCAAGAACGGCAGGAGGUGUUUGCCCACCGGUGCUUGUUGGCCUGUAGAUGCAACUUCUUCCAACGACUUCUGGGUCCGAAGCUGGGCUCUGGCAUGCCUAGCCCCGUGGUGCUAAGCACUGUGCCAGCUGAGGCCUUCCUGGCAGUGCUGGAGUUCCUGUACACCAACAGCGUCAGGCUGCACCGCCACUCUGUGCUGGAGGUGCUGACUGCGGCUAUAGAAUAUGGGCUGGAGGAACUGCGAGAGCUGUGCCUGGAGUUUGUGGUGAAGGUGCUGGAUGUGGAACUGGUUUGUGAGGCCUUGCAGGUUGCUGUAACCUUUGGCCUGGGACCGCUGCAGGAGCGUUGCAUAGCCUUCAUAGAGGCCCACAGCCAGGUAUCGCUCCCCAUCUUCAUAGUCUCAAUCCCUCAGACCUCAUUCUGCUCCUCCCUGACCCAUUCGUGGACCCACAGGAGGCGCUCCGGACCCGCGGGUUCCUGGAGCUGUCGGCGCCAGCGUUGCUGUCCCUGUUGCGCAGCGACAAGCUCCGCGUGGACGAGGCUGAGCUCGUUCUGGCGGCCAGGAGCUGGGCACGCGUGGGCUGUGCUGGAGCGGCCGGUGGCCGAGGUGGCGGCCCCGGUGGUGCGGGAGCUGAGACUGGCUUUGCUGGCCCCGGCGGAGCUGAGUGCCCUGGAAGAGCAGAACCAGCGGGAGCCGCUCAUCCCGGUGGAGCAGAUCGUAGAUGCGUGGAAAUGCCACGCUCUGCGAAGAGGGGAUGCGGCCCGGGGCGCCCCGUGCCGCCGCCGGAGGGGAACCCUGCCCCGGGAGCAUCACUGCUUUCUGGACCUGCCCUUUAAGUGACCAAAGGCCGCGGUUUGCAAGGAAUUCUGGGCCUGUCCGAAGCUACAACUCCCGACGUGCCCAGUGCUCGGAGCCGACUUCCGCCCCCAGCAUGCCCUGCGAGCCGGGCGCUGGAAGGGCGACUGUCGCCCGGCUCUGCGCCCUGGGGGUGGGGCUCUGGGGGUGGGGAGUGGGUGUGGGCUUGGGCGGGGCCCAAAAGCGAUUUCCCUUACACUUUACCCUGACUCUACCCUGGCCCUCUGGCCGCGCAGGCCUGCCGCGUUUACUUUUAUAAUCCCCACGUUUUUCGGCUCAACUCCCUCUUUAAUUCCAGAGCUACCUCCUAGAGAGCGCUCUCUAAAUGCCCCACAGACACCUCAGACUCAAUCCAAAAUUGGGCUGCCUCAUCUUUCCCCAGUUCUGCCCCCAUCGUGUUUCUCAUCUCUGUGAGUGUCUAAGCCAGAAACCUGCAUCUCAGCUUUGCCUUGUUCUUCAUCCUCACAUCUGCCUCCCGUGACUUCUGUCUUCUAAGACACUGAAGGGUAGUAAAAUGUGCCAAUCCAAAAUACGCCUCUUUGAGCUAAGGAUUAUUUUAAGCUGAUUAUUUUGAGAAAAAGUGGAAGCUCUGGAAACAGAAUAGAAUUUACCCUUUUGUAAGGGAAAUUUAUAAUUAAAAAGGGAAUCUCCAUUAGUAAGGGCGUCUCCUCCGUACCAGGAAAAGGAUGAUCAACUCACAAGAUUUUAGUGGAGAAGGCACCCACUGAAAUCUGCUUAACAAGCCUUACCUUAUGUACUGUGUUUUUCCUGGUAGCAUUCUCCUAACUGUCCUCCCUACACUUUUCUUUCAUCCUUAACUGAAGAUGGUCUUUCAGCAGGUAUUUUAGACCACCUCAGGGAGUUACUCAUUUUUCCCUGGGUAUCUCCCAUGUACACAAGAGGUAUACAUAUUAAUAAACUUGUUUUUCUUUUGUUAA